AUGAGUAUUGCUGCACUGAUCCAAGCCGCUGAAUACAUCGAGAGGAGGGACAGAGUUUUCUUUGUUGCAGAAGCGGAGCACGGAUACGCGUCGAGUUUGCCGGUUUACGAAGAGUCUCGGGGCGGAAGGCGGCCCAAGACGAAAAAAUCGCAAGGCAGCAGGACGACUCAUAACGAGUUGGAAAAGAACAGGUUAGUUCAUGUUUAUUCUAAACGUUAG